AUGGUGCAACCUGCCUACAAAAGGAGGGCAAUCGACGAUAGUCCCGAGUCUGAUUUUCAGCAACUGGAAGGGUUGGAGAUCGUAGAAGCAAAUAAAGAAGUCGCCGUACCUGACUCCCAUUGCGUCCAUGAACAGAACGGUAGUCAGCUGCCAGAAUUACAAAGUACUAUGGCAGCCGAAGUAAGCACGGAUGCGAAGAUAUCCAUCACAGUCAGCAAGGUUGAAACAGAUUCGCAAACCAAUUCGCAGUUCCUAGCUGUUCAAGACAACAUACCAGAGCCUCCAAAAACACCGCAAAGGCAAAUAUCUAGCCAACCGCCUGCAACACCUCGCUCUCAGCGUAGUCAGAGAAUGGUGAGCGAUUUCUCCAACAGGAGUGAACCUCAGAAAUCUCCUACUCCUGAAGAAGAGGUAAAGCCUCGAAUGGUCAUGACACGUAUGGUGCUCAAUAACUUUAAAUCUUAUGCCGGCCGUCAAAAUAUUGGACCAUUUCAUAAAUCUUUCAGUGCUGUUGUUGGACCGAACGGAUCAGGAAAAUCUAAUGUUAUAGACGCACUGCUGUUUGUCUUUGGUUAUAGAGCAAACAAAAUGCGUCAAGGCAAAUUGUCAGAACUGAUUCAUAACUCGGCUUCUUAUCCAGACCUUGAUAUGUGCUCUGUGGAAGUACAUUUUCAAGAGAUUUAUGAUAAGCCUGGAUCUGAAGAAUACACCGUGGUCGACAAUUCCCAAUUGAUAGUGUCCCGCCAGGCUUUUCGAAAUAAUAGCAGCAAAUAUUACAUCAACUCUAAAACCAGUUCAUUCACUGAGGUUACUACUCUUCUCAAGGCACGUGGCAUCGACUUGGAUCAUAAGCGAUUCUUGAUUCUCCAGGGUGAAGUUGAAUCUAUUGCGUUGAUGAAACCAAAAGCAAAAGACGACCAUGAUGAAGGAUUGCUAGAGUAUCUAGAGGAUAUUGUUGGAACCACAAAGUACAAGGACGCUAUUGAAAAAAGCAAUAUCGAAUUGGACCGGUUGAACGACGAGCGAACAGAGAAGCUGAAUCGUGUGAAGUUUCAUUCCUCACAGGCUAAAAAAAUCGAAGCUGAGAAUUACUUGAGGAACGAAAAUGAACUGGCUCGUAAAAAGAAUCAGUUAUAUCAAAUGCAUCUUAUGGAAGCAAACGAGAAUGUCGAAAUCUCGAAGAGAGCUGUGAACGAUUUGUUGGAGCGUAUGGCUGCAGAAGAACAAAAGCAUUCAAGUAUCAAGGAGGAAGUUGAAGUUCUUGACAAAAAGUAUCAGAAGACAAAGAAAGAAUAUGAAGUACGCACAGCAUUGUUGGGGUUUAUUUUGAAGCUUGCCGAGAAAGAAACAAGUGCGAUCAACAGUAAACUGGCAAAGUUUGAGCGAGACGACGUGCAGCUGCAAGAGCGCAAGAAGCAUCUAACAAAUAAACAGAAGAAGGUGAACACUGCGCUAGCAACGGAUAAACAUUCGCAAGCUGAUGCAGAAAAUCGAAUGAAAAACAGUACUGAUGAGAUAGAGAAUCGAAAGAAAGAGUUGGAGGAUCUCGAAGAACAACUGCAAGUCGAAGAAAAAGAACUCGAUAUCAUUAAUCAAGAGUUGAAGGGUAAAACCGACGUCUUUGUUCAACAGAUUGAAGAACAUCAGCUGGCACUUGCUCCAUGGACCGAAAAAAUUAACGAAAAGAAGCAUAUCAUUGAUGUCAAAAAAUCCGAACGAGACAUCUUCAGUGAAAGAAUUACAGCUGGUAAAAAGGCAGUCGAAAGUGGUGAGCAGGAAUUGGCGUCCAUUGAAGAAUCCCAUAAAUCCAAGCUAUCUGAGUUCAAAGAGCUAAAAGUUAGCAUACAGGAUAUGCAGCAAGACUUGGGAAAGCUCGAAAAGAAAAUACAGACUUUUGAGCCACAAGAACGUACUAUUCGACAUUCUUUGAGUGGGGCAAGGCAAAAGGCUGAUGAAGCUCGAGCAGUAAUGCAGCAAUCACAAUCUAGAGGCAAAGUUUUAGAUGGUUUGAUCCGGUUGAGGGAUUCAGGAGAUGUGAAGGGGAUUCAGGAUCGACUUGGCAACCUAGGUGUCAUUGAUGACAAGUACGAUAUCGCUAUCUCGACGGCUUGCCCCGCGUUGGAAAACAUUGUGGUUGACAAUGUGGAGACAGGACAAAAGUGCAUCGAGCAUCUGCGUAAGAACAAUCUUGGAAGAGCUGUGUUUACUCUGCUCGAUCAGACUGGAAACAAGGAUAUGGGUAGAAUACAAACGCCAGAGAACGUGCCUCGACUAUUUGACCUUGUUCGGCCUAAAGAAGCAAGAUUUGCCGCAGCAUUCUACAGUGUCAUGCAAGACACACUUGUUGCUGACAACGUUCAGCAGGCGAACCGAAUCGCUUAUGGCAGGAAGCGAUGGCGAGUUGUCACUUUGGAUGGCAAAUUGAUUGAGAAAUCAGGUGCAAUGACCGGUGGAGGUUCACGCCCUCAACGGGGUGCUAUGAGCUCAACUUUCAAGCGAGACGAUAUCACGCCAGAAAUGGUUGCCAAUCUCGAGCGAGAGCGAGACAAACUAGACAAAGAACUCCGUUCACUGUUGGAUAAGCGACGAACUACAGAAAGCAACCUAAAUGAGAAAAAGGAAAAUCUCCCAAGGAUGCAAAUGGAUAUGGAGAAAUUGGAUAUGGAAUUGAAAAGUUUAGAUAAGCGAAAAAAUGACACAAGGAAGCGAUUAGUCGAACUGAGGGCAAAUGCUAAACCAGAUCCAGCUAACGUCAAACGGCACGAGCAGAUCCAAGGUGAAAUAGAGGAACUCACGGCAGAAGUUGACCACCUGAAAGAGCAGACUGCGCAAUUGGAGGAUACCAUCAAAGAGCUGCAUCGAAAAAUCAUGGAAGCUGGAGGUAUCAAACUGCGAUUCCAAAAAGCCAAAGUCGACGGUGUAAAGGAACAAAUAGAUUUGUUAAACGACAGAAUCACAAAGUCCAUUGUCUCAAAGUCAAAAGCUGAAAAAGAUGCCACCAGGUUUGCCAAAAGUAUCAUUAGACAGCAGCAGCAAGUUGAGGAGAUGGAUGCUCAGCUAGAGGAUUUGACCAAGCAAAUCGACGAGAAUUCCAAGGUAGCUAACGAAAUUCGAACAAAUGCUGAAGAAUCUCAGAACCAUUUGAGACAAGGAGAUAACAUAAUGUCAUUCCAGAUUAUGGACAGCAAAAAAGCCAACCUUGAAGAGCUGAAGGAAGAACUGGACACCAAGACAGAUAUCAUCAGCAAAAUCAGGGCAGUAGAAAUUGAAAUAAAGAACCAAACCGAAGAUUAUCAAAAGGCACUUGGAGAUAAUAAGCGAAAAGCGGAACAUUGGCAAGAUCAAAUUUCCAAGUUGACACUACAGAGAAUUUGUGUAAUUCAAAGGAAUGAAAGCGACGAGGAGCUUAUUUUACCCGAUUAUAGCCGAGAAGAAUUGAAAGCUAUGCAGGAUGCCAAACAAAGGCUGAAGGCUGAUGUAGCGGAACUAGAAGCCUUUGUACAAGCCGCUAAGCCAAACUUAUCGGUGUUAGAAGAGUACCGACGACGAGAACAGGAGUACAGUGAACGUGCACAUGACCUUGCGGAAGUUACACGUCUAAGAGAUACGGUUAAAGCUGAACAGGAUAAUUUGAUGAAAGCGCGCUUGGAUGAAUUCAUGCAAGGAUUUAACAUCAUUACCCAGAAAUUGAAGGAAAUGUAUCAGAUGAUCACACUCGGCGGCAAUGCCGAACUAGAACUUGUCGACAGUCUGGAUCCAUUCUCGGAAGGAAUUGUUUUCAGUGUGAUGCCUCCAAAGAAAAGCUGGAAGAACAUCGCAAAUCUUUCUGGAGGAGAGAAGACUUUGAGCUCUCUCGCCCUCGUAUUUGCACUUCAUCACUUCAAGCCAACUCCACUUUAUGUUAUGGAUGAAAUUGAUGCAGCACUCGAUUUCCGAAACGUAUCUAUUGUUGCCAACUAUAUUAAGGAAAGAACCAAAAACGCACAGUUCGUCAUCAUUAGUUUACGAAACAAUAUGUUCGAAUUGGCUGACCGCCUGGUGGGCAUUUACAAGACGGAUAACUGCACCAAGAGUGUUGCUGUAAACCCCCAUAGAAUUUCAAUGUUAGCUCAAGGAGAUGCAGUAUAG